AUGAAAAGGCCGAAUCCUCCAGAGGCUAAGCCUCAGUCGCAUACACUUGAUUCCGCGGAAAGACGCCGCCUGCAGAAUCGUCAGGCUCAGCACAAAUACCGCCUUCGAGAAGCAGCCAAAGCGAAGCAGGACCAAAGCAUCACCAAAGCAGCCUCUGUCCGGCGUGGCAGGUUCCUAUUAAUAAAGCCAACUAAAGAGUCUUUUCCUGUAACCAAAGAGCGCCCAAUACCACCUCUUCCGUGCGGUGCGUAUUUCGUAUUUGCGCGGAACCUCCUCCUCUCCGCCGACCAUCGGCUUCUCACUCUUGUCCACAAUAACAUCAUACGUGGAUUAACCGCAAAUGCCAGCUUCCUCAACUAUCCGUGGAGUACUAUUUGCCAGGAUGACGCUCUAUCCAACUUCUCUCCACCUACGCCUAACCUGGAUCUGUCAAUAACACAAUCACAUCUACCAGUCACCCUUCAUCCCACGUCAUUACAAUAUGAAGAGACACACCACCCAUGGUUGGAUCUUAUCCCUUUCCCACAGUUCCGUGACAACCUCAUCCGAAGACUAGCAACUGCUUCACAAGAAUGGGAUUUCGAGACAGAGCUCUGCGAGGAUGUUACCGGUGUCGGGCGGCUACAGUUAAGCUGCAGCAGGCCCGGCUUCAUGAUAUGGGGUGAAAACUCGUGGGACACACACAACUGGGAAGUCACAGAGGAAUUUGCUCAGAAAUGGCAUGAUCUAAUGGACGGAUGCUGCGAUCUCAUCGCAUCUACAAACGAAUGGCGCAAAAAGCGUGGAGAAGCGCCGCUUAGUCUCAAAUAUUCUACAACUACCGCUUCGACCAACUUUUCUCUACUACCUGAGUAG